AUGGCAUCUCAACACUCUCGUGGUGGCCUAAGCCCUACAUUUUCGGCCGACUACAUUGCUCCUACGAGUGACUAUGUGACUCGUCCAUACACUACAAACUUAAGCACUACCCAGCACACAUCUGUACACUCGCAUAUGAGGUCAGCUUCAUUGCACAUGUCAAGCAUGAAUCCCAACGCAGGCAACGCAGGCUACAGACGCGAGUCAAGACCUACAGCAGAGGAUAACACGCAGCCUAGGUUCGAACUUUUUCUAUUAGGUGACGGCGAGAAGAAGGUCACCGAAGAGGCAGAUACACGUAUUCCCUCAUCAUCGAUCUUCACUUUCAACAAGGAAGAUCAUACUCUCGGUAAUCUUCUCCGCUCGCGACUUCUACAAUCGCCACACGUCAAAUUUGCCGGCUACAAAGUGCCUCAUCCACUUGUCAGUAAAUUUGAACUCCGAGUUCAGACUGAUGGCACCCUCAGCCCCCGCGCCGCUCUAAUGCAAUGCUGCAAAGAUCUGGUCAACGACCUGAGCAUUCUAAGCCGCGAGUUCACCAAAGAAUUCGAAUUGAGGAAAAUGGUAGGGGACGGAGCUAAGGCGGAUGAGAAGAAGGACGAUAAAAGGGCGGGGAAAUGA